AUGGCUACCGCAGCCGUCGACAAGGCUCCCCGCGAGCGCAAGAUGAGCACCCAUGCUCCUAUCUCGACUAUGCAAGGACCUGUUGGGCCGGGGUUCACGAGGCCUAAGCAUAAGAGAACAGUAACUGGCUUCGGCGCUGGUGAAAUCAAGGCUGUCGAGAGCAGCAUCCCAGAGCACAUGAGGGAAGCAUGGAGAAAGUUUUCUGCGACCGGCUUCAAGACCAAGGACGAGUUCGGCAAAGAGGUCGUCAAGCACAUUGAGACAACUCUCGCACGUUCCCUCUUCAACUGUGAUGAGCUUGCCGCUUACUCCGGAACCGCUCUCGCCUUCAGAGACCGCCUGGUCAUUGAUUGGAAUAAGACUCAACAAAGACAGACUUUUGCUGAUCAGAAACGAAUCUACUACCUUUCUCUAGAAUUCUUGAUGGGAAGAGCUCUUGACAAUGCCAUGCUUAAUGUUGGUCUGAAGAACGUUGCCAAAGACGGUCUGGCCGAUCUUGGAUUCCGCAUCGAGGAUGUGGUCAACCAGGAGCACGACGCCGCUCUGGGCAACGGCGGUCUGGGAAGACUUGCUGCUUGCUUUCUCGACAGCAUGGCUUCACUCAACUACGCCGCCUGGGGCUACGGUCUCAGAUACCGAUACGGUAUCUUCAAGCAAGAGAUCGAGAAUGGCUACCAGGUGGAGAUUCCGGAUUACUGGCUCGACUUCAAUCCCUGGGAGUUCCCUCGACACGACGUGACAGUCGACGUUCAGUUCUACGGUUGGGUUAACAAGUACACCGAUCAAGAAGGUCGACAGAUCACCUCCUGGCAAGAUGGUGAGAUCGUCACUGCUGUCGCUUAUGACGUCCCCGUUCCCGGCUACGGCACUCCAACCGUCAAUAACCUCCGUCUUUGGUCCAGCAAAGCCUCCUCCGGCGAGUUCGACUUUGCAAAGUUCAACGCCGGUGAUUAUGAGAGCGCUGUGGGAGAUCAACAACGCGCCGAGACCAUCUCUGCCGUGCUAUACCCCAAUGACAACCUCGAGCGAGGUAAAGAGCUGCGGCUGAAGCAGCAAUACUUCUGGUGCGCUGCCUCACUGCACGACAUCGUUCGCCGCUUCAAGAAAUCCAAGAGGAAGUGGUCUGAGUUCCCAGAUCAUGUUGCUAUCCAGCUCAACGAUACGCAUCCAACCCUGGCUAUUGUCGAGCUUCAGCGCAUCCUGUCCGAUAUCGAAGGCCUCAAGUGGGAUGUAGCCUGGGAUAUCGUCACUCGAACAUUCGGCUACACAAACCACACUGUCCUUCCUGAGGCUCUCGAGAAGUGGUCUGUCCCUCUUAUUCAGAAUCUCCUGCCCCGACACCUUGAAAUCAUCUACGACAUUAAUCUGUACUUCUUGCAGCUUGUAGAGAAGCGCUUCCCCAAGGACCGCGAACUUCUCUCCAGAGUUUCCAUCAUUGAGGAGUCUCAGCCCAAGAUGGUUCGUAUGGCUUUCUUGGCCAUUGUUGGUUCACACAAGGUCAACGGUGUGGCUGAACUGCACUCCGAUCUGAUCAAGACCACCAUCUUCAAGGACUUCGUGACAAUUUACGGUCCGGACAAAUUCACCAACGUCACUAAUGGCAUCACGCCCAGAAGAUGGCUGCACCAAGCGAAUCCUCGCUUAUCAGAGCUCAUUGCAUCAAAGGUCGGCAGCUACGACUUCCUCAAGGAUCUCACACUGCUCAACAAACUCGAGGCCUUCGUUGACGACAAGGAUUUCAAGAAGGAGUGGUCCGAGAUCAAGUAUGCCAACAAGGUCCGCCUCGCUCAACACAUUCUUAACACGACCGGCGUCAGCGUCAAUCCAAAGGCUCUUUUCGACGUUCAAGUUAAGCGGAUCCACGAAUAUAAACGCCAGCAACUCAACAUUUUCGGCGUCAUUCAUCGAUACAUGGCCAUCAAGUCAAUGUCUGCGGAAGAGAGGAAGAAGCUGGCUCCCAGAGUUUCCAUCUUCGGUGGCAAGGCUGCUCCGGGCUACUGGAUGGCCAAGACCAUUAUCCAUCUCAUCAAUAAGGUCGGUGAGGUUGUGAACAACGACAAAGACGUGGGCGACUUGCUCAAGGUGAUCUUCUUAGAGGACUACAACGUCAGUAAGGCUGAGAUCAUUAUCCCGGCCUCCGACAUCAGCGAACACAUCUCAACCGCCGGAACCGAGGCGUCUGGCACCAGCAACAUGAAGUUUGUGCUCAACGGUGGCUUGGUCAUCGGCACUCUGGACGGUGCGAAUAUUGAGAUCACCCGCGAGAUUGGCGAAGAGAACGUGUUCCUGUUCGGUACCCUCUCUGAGGAUGUUGAAGAUCUACGACAUGCCCACUUCUACGGCAAAUACGAGCUCAACCCCGAGCUGAAGAAAGUCUUUGAUCACAUCAAGUCGGGCGCUUUUGGCGACCAGGGUGCUUUCAGCGGCUUGAUCAAUGGUAUCGUCGAUCACGGUGAUUACUACCUCGUUUCGGACGAUUUCCACAGUUAUUGCAAGUGUCAAACCCAAGACCUCAUUGAUGAGGCCUACAAAGACCAAGACAAGUGGGUCACUCGUUCGAUUCAAAGUGUAUCCCGGAUGGGCUUUUUCUCAUCGGAUCGCUGUAUCGAGGAGUAUGCAGACUCCAUUUGGAACAUUGAGCCGCUCCAGGUCAAAGAGGAAGCCGAGGUGCGCGCACGUACUGGCCUUGAGACCUAG